AAUGGAAUGAAUUUGUGAAACAAUACACUUCAAACACUACGGACAAAUGCAUCAAAAGCUUCACUCCUAACAACGUACUCUCUGAAAUUGCUCUAGUCUAUGGAAUUGCAGAUAAGUCGAUCAUUAAGGAUGUUCAGAACAGUUUUUCUUCAUUUUCAGAACUUAAAACGGCUCCAAAGACGACAAUUUACUAUUUGAAAGGUGAAGCUUUUGCAACUCAAACUGUUAAUACAAAAGACUUGAAUUACGAAUUGUUAAGUUCAAUUGAAGCAUCCUCUGGUAAGGUGGAUGCAUUGGUCAUUGCUGCUAAAAGAUACUUGGAACCAAAAGUCAAAGACAAGUCAAUCAAACGCGGGACUAUUUUAGUAUUAUCCGAUCAAGGUUUGUCAAGGGUUUUUAACGCGGGCUCUGAGUUUGACAGAAACAAUAUAAGUGUACAUGUUGUAUCUUUUAACAGACAAAAUUCUGCAUCAAUGACCUUGCAACUGAAAAGUCUUGUUUCACUUGGUCAGCACUUCCAUGAGUUUAACGAUCCAAAAGAAGUCAAAACGAACAUUUACGAUGCCUUUGUUGGUAUAAGAGCAAAUUUGACAGAGAGAUGUGACAGAGACAAAUGCAACGGCUUUUGCGAUGCCAAGAAUCGGUGCACAUGUCCAAUGUGUUGUGAAAACGACUGUUUCUAUACAUACUGUAACACAAACAGUGGGUCGUGCGAACCUUGGCCACCAUAUAACCCAAAGGAGAAAGUCACUUGCCCAUCAAAUUGUGUUGGUGAUUAUAUCUGUAAAGAUAUGGAGGGGUGUGUUGUGAGCAGGUACAACACUUCUUGUGAGCCCAAAGUUGAUUGCCAAACAACAACUUGUCCAAAUGGUGAUAGUGGAUUGUGCCAAAUAGUGGAUAACUGCCCUUUGGACGACUCCCCCUCACAAGACGGAUAUUGUUGGAGUUAUAAAUGUGAUGUUAAUUCUGGGUACUGCAUUAAAGACCAAAGAGGAAAGGAGAAAUGCCCAAACAAAAACUCAAAGUGUGAACAGUACAAGUGUAAUGCAAAUCUGGAAUGCUCUGUCGAACCAAAGGAAUGUGUAAAAACAAUGCCAUAUAUUGAGAUGGAUUGCUAUAUCGCGAAAUGCAAUGAAAAGACUGGACAAUGUGAGAACAGAUUAAGUUGUGAUACAUUCUCUUCAUGUGGAGGCGGAGCAUCUGGAGAAUCAAUCUGUUAUUGUAACGCGACGACGAACAAUAAAUGCUUCUGCGAGAAGAAAGAAGGCGAUAACAAUUGCGAUAGCAAUAAGAACGAAAUAUGCGAUUACACCCAAGACCCUCCGAAAUGUGUUGUAUCGAGAUGUAAGGAGGAUUUGACUAUCUCUGGGUGUCAAUACCAGAAAUGCAAUGAAACCACUGGAAAUGCAUAUUAUGUUGACAUUGAAUGCACUGAAACAAUAAAGGAAGUAGAUAGCAGAUGCAAAGACAUGUUUACUUAUAUCUGUAUGGAUGGAAAGUGCGUUGUAAAGGCGGUUGUAUCUGAAGAUGAGCUGAAGGUAGAAUGUGGGUACUGUGAAUACAACUCUGUCUCAAAUAGUGUGGUAUAUAUUUCUAAUUGUGAGAAGACACAAGCAGAAUGCGAUCUUUUGAAGGAAAUGCAUCGAAGGAAAUGUGUCUAUCCACAAGUGUAG